GUGUUUUUCGCGUUACACUAGUGUCAAACUCGAACAAAGUGUCAAAACACAAAAAUUGCAAAAUUGUUGAGAAUUAAAACAACGUAGAAUGAGCCUAAAAGAACGUUCAAUUCCAGUUUUUAUAUACCCGACAGAACUGACUUUUUACACGGGGAGCCAAAGCACGCACAAGCAACUGUUGACACUCUAUAACCCCUACGAUUUCCCUGUGAGAUACCAAGUUUAUGCCAACACGACUGACAAAUACGGGGUCGUGGACCCCAAGGGCACAAUCGCCCCCCAUUCCUACGUAGAUCUCCUAGUUAGGCACAAUGCACCAUUUCAGUCAAAUUGUCAUUCUAGAGAUAAAUUUAUGAUAACAAUGCAAGAUGCGACCACAAGCCAAAUAUUAGGCAAGAGGUGCGUUCUUGCGACGCUUUUACCUGGGGAGAAAGACAGUUCGAGUGUUGGUGAUGAUAGCUCUCAUUCCUACACAGCGUGCGAAUCUAGUCAUUUGAGGGAGAGAAGUCGGAGCAAGGAGCCCGAUCCUUCCGUAAAAAACUACUUUAUAAUUUUAUCUGUGGUAUUCAUCAUAGUGCUAAUACUUCCGACGAAAUGUGAUGAAAAUGAACAGUCCAGCAUACCGGCGUAUCUCCAUGUCGGAGUCGCGAUAAAAGUAAUCGUUGCUUAUGUUCUAGGACUUAUAACAAUGGCCUUGUUGAAGCCGUGUUGACAUAUCUGAUAAAUAAAUAAAUCUUAAUUUAAGGGCAACUAAGUUCUCGACCACUAGUGUAUUUUUGUUUGGUCUUUUCUGUGUUAUUUCCUAAAAUUAAUCUAAAUUAUUACACUUCUGUGUUGUUUUUGAGAUUAUAUUUUUGUUAUUUUUGUUUGUAAGUGUGGUGUACGUUUUUCUAUUAGUUUUAAGUUUUUUACGUAAUGGUCCCGUGUGGUAAGGUUGGCAUUGCAAAGUAUCACUGUUGUAAAAUUAAAUUGUUGCGGAAUUUUUCAGUUCCCAGGUUCAGAUUUUAUUAUAUAUUUUAAUACAAAUUUAUAAUAAAAUGACGUAAAAACA